CUUAGUAACCUGGGCGAUAGCUGAUGAGACGGAAGUCCUGAGAGUUUGACCGAUUUAAGGUCACGUGCCUAGGAAGUGCUGGAACCAAGACUCAGAGUUUUCUCAAAGUUUAGUGCCUUUUUUUUGUUUUAAACCACACUAUUGCAUUUCCCCCCAUUUUGGAAAGCUUUAUAGUUGGAAAGAAUGAAAACCUGAUCUGACCCCUUCAUUUUAUGGUUGAAACAAAAUCUACGUAGGAGAAAUCACUUGGUACAAGUCACAAGUCAGUGGUAGAGCUGCCGCAAAUGCUUUUUGAAUACGUGUGAUUAUGAAUCUAAAUGGCGGAUGGCAGGGAGUGAUAAGUGGAUGUUUCCAAGGAUUGUCUUCAGUCAUGGCCUUGGGAUUAAAGUGCUUCCGCAUGGUCCACCCUACCUUUUGCAAUUAUCUUGCAGCCUUUAUCAGACCCGUUUCAGAAGUUACACUGAAGACAGUGCAUGAAAGACAACAUGGCCAUAGGCAAUACAUGGCCUAUUCAGCUGUACCAGUCCGCCAUUUUGCUACCAAGAAAGCCAAAGCCAAAGGGAAAGGACAGUCCCAAACCAGAGUGAAUAUUAAUGCUGCCUUGGUUGAGGAUAUAAUCAACUUGGAAGAGGUGAAUGAAGAAAUGAAGUCUGUGAUAGAAGCACUCAAGGAUAAUUUCAAUAAGACUCUCAAUAUAAGGACCUCACCAGGAUCCCUUGACAAGAUUGCUGUGGUAACUGCUGAUGGGAAGCUUGCUUUAAACCAGAUUAGCCAGAUCGCCAUGAAGUCGCCACAGCUGAUUUUGGUGAAUAUGGCCAGCUUCCCAGAGUGUACAGCUGCAGCUAUCAAGGCUAUAAGAGAAAGUGGAAUGAAUCUGAACCCAGAAGUGGAAGGGACGCUAAUUCGGGUACCCAUUCCCCAAGUAACCAGAGAGCACAGAGAAAUGCUGGUGAAACUGGCCAAACAGAACACCAACAAGGCCAAAGACUCUUUACGAAAGGUUCGCACCAACUCAAUGAACAAGCUGAAGAAAUCCAAGGAUACAGUCUCGGAGGACACCAUUAGGCUAAUAGAGAAACAGAUCAGCCAAAUGGCCGAUGACACAGUGGCAGAACUGGACAGGCAUCUGGCAGUGAAGACCAAAGAACUCCUUGGAUGAAGGUCCACUGGGGCCAGCAAUACUCCAGAGCCCAGUUUCUGCUGGAUCCCAUGGGUGGCACAUUGGGACUUCUCUCCCUCCCCCAUCCACACAGAAGACUGUCACCAUGCUGACAGAAGGCUGUCCUCGUAAGGCCCAGCCUUCCAGGGGAACACUGAGACAUGUUCAUUCUCUUCCUGCUUCUGCUCUGGGCCUUUUGAUGUGGGUGGCUCUCAGAAAAUACUUGCUGCUGGCAAAGGGCCUGUACUCAGGCAUUUGCUUUGACUUGAUGUUGCCAAGGGACUGAGGCCAUUGGCAGGCUUAGUACCACCUGCUCCUCAUCUUAGGAGUCUCCUUUUCAAAUAAUUAGGCUCUGUUCCCAUUUUAAAACUCUGAUAUUGGCCUUCACCUGUGACUGGACACUUUACUAGAGGCCCAUUUUCACUAAACAAUAAAAUCUAAAUAAAUUGGAAGGAAUAACAACCACAAAGGAAAGAAUAGAGUUGGUCUGGAUUGAUGAUCACUGAGGAUCUGUAUGUGAGGCACCCAGAACAGUAGUUUUGCCUGUGAGUCAUCUUCACACAUGCUCUUUUCUCUGCCUGGAUCUCUCUUCCCCUCCUUACCUGGCCAGUCCUGUUUAUCAUCAGGCCUUGUCUUGGAUAUCACGUCCUCUGGGAAGUCUUCUUUUCCCCUCUAACCUAGGACCCUCAUUACCGGCUCUCAUAGCACAGUCUACUGCUUUGUACGAACUCUAAGUAUUCUUUUUGCAUUUAAUUAGCCUGUAUAUCCUCAGAACUUUGUGGAAUGCCUGGAGCAUAGUAGGCAGUCAUAUGUUGUAUUGUGAAUAAAUUGCACAUAGUAGCUACCCAGCAAAUGCUGACUUCUUUUCUUUCUAGUCUUAACACUCUCUUUCUAUCAUUUUCCACUCUUGUACUUGUUCUCAACAUUUACUUGGUAGUGACAUACCUUUCCUGCAGGGCCUGCCCAUUGUUGACAGACAAGUAGUUUAUUGUGGCUUAUCUUUGGAUACUGGGUUAUUAGGUUUUUUUUCCCUCCAAUUGUUUUUUAUUCAUUCAUUCAUUCCUAAUAUAGCCAUUAUGAGUUAGGUAUAGUUCUAGGCAUUAUUUAUAAUCUUGACAGUAAACUUAAGAGAUGUGUAUUAUCUUCAUUUACAAAUAGGAAAACUAAGUCUUGACAGUAUUAGGUAAUUUGCCCAAAGUAACAAAGCAAAGCUGAUCAGUGGUAGAAGAUUUUCAUGAUUCAUUGUCAGCGUCAUUUACAUAGAGGUGAAGUUUCUUGUGCAGGGUUACACACCUAGCAAGUAGCAGAGCUGGCAUUCAAAUUGAGGCCUGAUGUGCUAAUGUAAAAGGAAAAAAACAAACUUUUUUUCCUUUUGUACUUUCACACUCAACAUGGAACACUUCUGUGACAAGGUGUGUGAGUUUGUUUCCCCCACACACCAAGCAAUUCUCCAGCAGACACCAACUGGGUAUCCUAUAAUUCAAUUCAGUUCUGACAUUACCUGGAAAUAGUGUCAGAUCCCACAGGUUGAGGGCUCCAUCUCCCAAGACUGCCAACACUUUUGAUGCCAGUCAUGAGUCUGGGCCACCCGUACUCCUGACUGACCAACUACAAACUAGAGUCCUUGACUUCCUUUGGUUCAGUUAAUUUCCUAGGACAGCUCACACAACUCAGGGAAACACGUUCACUGGUUUAUUAUAAAAGAUACAGCUGAACAGCCCAAUGAAGGAGGUACACAGGGCAAGGUUGAGGGAGAGGGAGAGGGUGUGGAGCUUCCAUGUCUUCUCUGGGCUCACACUCUCUCAGCACCUCACCAAUCUGGAAGGAACCACUGUGUCCUGCUGCCUUCAUUAGCAUUUAGUGAGCAACAAUUGUUUGUCAGGUACUGAACUAUGUACUGGCAAUACAAAAAUGGGAAAGAUAUGACCCCUGUUUUGGGGGGGUACAUAGUGCACUGAACUAAAUUGCUGUCUAUAAUAAUCUAUUGGGUGGAAAAGUAGGAAGUUCAUUCCAGUUCUGCAAGGUGUCUGCUUUCAGAAUGUAGCCCACUUUGGUGGUGGCAAGGCCUGGCUGAGUUCUUUCAAAGCAACAUCCAACUUGUCUUUGCUCUUUGACUUCCUCCAGAUUCUCUCCUGUGCUGGAGGUAAUAAGGGUUGCACUUCCCUCUUUACUUACACUGGUGAAACAUGCAGUGAGGAUUCAAGGUCAAAAUUGGGUCAAAGUUAAACUAACACAGUCUCCUGCCCCACUUACCUGUCCUCUAACCCCAUCCACCAGCCCUAAGUGGUCAUCACAUGAUCAGAAGUCAGCUGGGGGAAGAGCAGGGAUAGAUAGAGCAAUUAAGGAGCCUCUUUUGGGGUAAGCCACAUGACAGGGGCUUUGCAACAGUCUUUCAUGAGUGGCCGAAAUCCCCCACUCACUGCAAAUGUGCUUCUCAAAGAUGCAGGAUUUUUUAAUAAACAGAGGAAAUGAUAAAUUAUGUUGUAACUCCACUCCAAAGGCAUUUGGUUCUUAACAGCCAAAUCCUCUGUAGUCUUUAAAUAAACAAAAACUUAUUUGGUGAACAGACGGAGGAAAAUGAAAGAUUUUCUGUACUUGGGUUCCACAUGUCAACAAUUUCUCUCCUGUGUGUAUGUUGGCCAAAGCUGUAUCAUGAUAAAUGAAUAAAGGAAAACCUCGAGCCCAGGGCAGUCAGACAGCUCAGCAAAUGGCUUUCAGAUGAUUACUCAGUUUCAGUUGACAUUUAUCAAAGAGUUUCUCUGUGACUCUGUCAGGGCUGUAGUGGUGACAGAGACAAGAAUGAGACUACCUGUUUGGAUGUGCUGAGAAUGAGUAAUGCUGGAGCAAUUCAUUCUCCAUCUCUUCUCUCCUACAGCCUCUCUCAAAAAGAAACGCUGGGUAUGGAAAUUCUCACACUUGCCAGAAGAAUUAACCACCUCUUCUAUUCAGUUUAAUGACUUUCAAAGUCCUAUGAAAUAUUCAGGCCAAAGAGAAUUUGAGAAUUUUUUUUCUGUUUAGUGUGUGUGUGUGUGUGUGUGUGUGUGUGUGUGUGUGUGUGUGUGUGUUGGAAAUUACAAAAUAAGUUGGAAUGCAGAAAGUUAAAAAAAAAACUCACCAUUCCCUAAUCCUGGUCCUUUAAAAUUAGGUAUAUAUCCUUCCAGACCUCCUUUCUCUGUGCAUAUGUGUGUGUGUGUGUGUGUUCGUUUCAUUUUGUUUUGCCUUUUGAGACAGUGUCUCACUCUGUCGCCCAUCAUGCAGUGGCACAAUCAUAGCUCACUGCAGCCUUGAACUCCUUGGCUCACGCAGUUCUCCCACCUCAGCCUCCUGAGUAGCUGGGACUGCAGCUAUGCACCACCACACCUGGCUUUUUUUUUUUUUUUUUUUUUUGCUUUGUUUCCUAGGCUGGUCUCAAACACCUGGCCUCAAGCGGUCCUUCUGCCUCAGCCUCCCAAAGCGCUGGGAUUACAAGUGUGAGCCACUCUGCCUGGCCAUAUAUAAUUUUUUUUUUUUUUUGAAAUGGAGUCUUGCUCUGUCGCCCAGGCUGGAGUGCAGUGGCGCAAUCUCGGCUCACUGCAACCUCUGCCUCCCUGGUUCAAGCAGUUUUCCCUGCUUCAGCCUCCUGAGUAGCUGGGAUUACAGGCGCCCGCCACCACACCCAGCUAAUUUUUGUAUUUUUUUUUAGUAGAGAUGGGGUUUCACCAUGUUGGCCAGGCUGGUCUUGAACUCCUGACUCAGGUGAUCCACCUGUCUCAGCCUCCCAAAUUGCUGGCAUUACAGGCAUGAGCCACUGCACCCGGCCAUCUAAUUUUUUAGAAGGAGAGAGGGGAACUAUUCAUAUUCUGAUGUUUGCUUUUUUUUCUUACCCUGUGACAAUCAUGGUCAUCUGUCCAUAUGUGUACAUAUAGAUACAAUUUAUUCUUUCACUGUGAUGCAGUAUUCCAUAAUAUGGAUCUACCAUAACUUAAUUCACUAUUAGCCCAUGACACUAUUUAAAAAUUAUUUCACAUGCAUUGGAGAAUGUUUAAAGAUGAUUUUUUUUUUUUUUUUAAGAAAAAAGAAAGGCCCCUAUUCUAAGAUUAUCUGAUAAGGUCUGCUCUUUCUCCUUCAACCUCAGGCUAACAUUUAUUGAAUGCCUACAGUCGGCCAGGUUCCAUGCUAGACCCUUUACACGUGUUCCUACAUUGAAACUUCUGAUGAAUCCUUGUUAAUGUAGGUGUUAUGAUUAUCUGUGUUUUUCUGUGAAAAAAACAGGUUCAGAAAGGAUAUUUAACUUGCCCAAGGUCACACAGGUAGUAAGUGCUAGAAUGAAAUUUCAAACCCACAUCUGACCUUGAAGUAGGUCCUUAAUCAGUGUGCUUUGGUUCCCAAGUCUUCGCUGAACACUUACUCAAAAGGGACCUCGCGCUGUUCUGGACCUGGACAGUGAUGUGAGAGAAGCAGAAGUCUUGCUUUCGUAAAACACAUAGCAAGCUGUUCCUAAUUAAUUACUGCAAGUAAAAUAGCAUAGUACCUGGCACAUUGUAAACACCAAAGAAAUGGUAGCUCUUAUGAAGACAGUAAAGAUUACAUAUUAAUCCCCCACCUGUUUGGCCAACUUCUCUAGAAUAUGUCAGAGAGCAAGCAAAAUGUUCACCAAGCAGUGAAUAAUGAUAAUAAUAACAACAAUAACAGUAUUGACAGAUCAGUAACUAAUAUUUGCUUGGUGCUUUUUAGUUUUCAAACUGCUUCUACAUUCUUUGUUGCAUUGAAACCGCUCAGUGAAACUUUGCGGUUAGACAAAGAGUGAUCAUAAAAGCUUGUAUCCUCAAAAGCCACUUUGAGGCUUUCUUUUGUCCUAAUAGACGGUCAUUUUUCAUGAUGUGCAUUUGAAAUGAUAUGUUCCCUAUUUUGGGGGUACAAAUUUUGAUAUGUAUGCAGGAAAUGUAGCUUAUAGAGUAUGUUGUUUAGGUUUUCCAUUAUUUUUUGACCCUUUAAUGAGUCUUGGACUGAAAGUAGUGUGUUUCAGACCCCUGCUAUUAACAUUUCUGUUCCUUCUUGCAUUUUCUGCUUUAUGAAAAUGGAUUCUGCUUUGUGAAAGUACUGCUGUGUUGUUUUAUACAUAGCGCUCCAGACGCUUACAUCUUCUUUAUUUCAUUCAGUGCUCUUAGUCUGAAUUUUAUCUUGUUGUAUAUCAGGAUUACAGCUCUUGCUUCCUUUUUGUUUACAUUUGCUUUCCCCAUUUCUUGAUUUUUAAGCUUUCAGAAUCACUAUUUUAGGUGUUUCUUUUUUUUUUUUUUUUUUUUUGGAAUUGGGUUUUGUUCGAUGAACCAUUCUAAAACUCCUUUUUUCUUAUUUUUAUUUUUAAUUGUAAAAUAUACAUAAAAUUUACGCUCUUAACCAUUUUUUUUUUUUAGACAGGGUCUUGCUCUGUCACUCAGGCUGGAGUUCAGUGGCAUGAUCUCAGCUCACUGUAGCCUUGACAACCUGGGCUGAAGCAAUCCUCCCACCUCAGCCUCCCGAGUAGCUGGGACUACAGCCACGUGCACCGCCACACCUGGCUAACUUUUAAAAUUAUUUGUAGAGACAAGGUCUUGGCUAUGUUGCCCAGGCUGAUCUCAAACUCCUGAGCUCAGGUGAUUCUCCUACCUUGGCCUCCCAAAGUGCUGGGAUUACAGGCUUGAGCUUCCGUGCCCAGCCUUAACCAUUUUAAGUGUACAGUUCAGUAGCAUUUAGUACAUUUACAUUGUUGUACAACCAUCCUCCAGAACUCUUUACCAUGCAGAACUGACGCUCUAUACCCAUUACACAACCCCAGUUCCCCCUUCUCAGCCCCCAGCAACCACCAUUUAUGAAUUUAUAAAUUUGAUUAGGAACGUCAUGUAAGUGGAAUCAUACAGGAUUUGUCUUUUUGUGACUAGUUUAUUUCACUGAAGCAUGAUGUCCUUAAAGUGUAUCCACAUUGUAGCAUGUAUCAGAAUUUCCUUUCUAAGGCUGAGUAAUCUAUUGUAUAUAUGAAUAAGUAUAUAUAAAGCUCCUUUUAACAGACA